CUGCCCCACUGACCGCCCGUCUCACCACCCGACACAACGCUACAGUCAUGGCCUCCAGGCGUAAUGAUUGGAUUAUUAUAGGUAUAUCGGGCGUAACAUGCGGCGGCAAGACGUCGCUAGCUCACCAGCUGGCGAGCACACUGGCGCCGGUGCACGUGUUCCACCAGGACAAGUACUUCUUCCCCGACGACAGCGCGCGGCACGUGCGCUGCGCGGCGCUGCCGCACAACAACUACGACGUCCUCUCCGCGCUCGACAUGGACGCCAUGCUGCGUGACGUCACGCGCACGCUCGCCGGCGACGACCGCGCGCACGCCACCACCACCGACCCAGCCGGACGGUACACGCGCCCGGGGAAGAAGUUCCUCAUCGCUGAGGGCUUCACCGUGCUCAACUACCCGCCCAUCAUGGAGAUGUGUGAUCUCAGAUACUACUUCGUGCUGGAGCUGGGCGAGUGCCGAGCCCGGCGGGCGCUGCGGCUGUACGAGCCGCCCGACAUCGAGGGAUACUUCGAGCUCUGCGUCUGGCCCGAGCAUCUCAACUACAAGGCAGAGAUCGAGAAAGACAAACGCGUGAAGAUAUUGGACGGCACGCGGGCUGACGCCUUCGACAUCGUGAUGGCCGACAUCAAGGCGCUCAACACAUAACCCGCGUCACGUCAUCGCUCCACUUCGGAUAACUUCGGCCGACAUCGGCUAAAUUCGGCCGACAUCGGCUAACUUCGGCCAACUUCGGCAGCGCUCGGCCUCUCGCUUAAUAUUUACGAAUAAGUCAAAAUAAACGCAAAUUCUCAAAUAUCUAGUUGUAGCCGUCGAUUUUAUUCGAUGGUUUAUUUAUUCCCAAGUUACGCCCAUUUUCACCGACAGUAUAAACCUGACGUUUUUCUUAAAACUGUUUACUUUGAAAAAUUUACGUGAACAUUCAUAGUAAACAGUAGUUUUAAGAAAACUAACGUUUAUUUUGUCGGUAAACUAGAGCGUUAAUUGGUUAGGCAAAUGUCCAAUAUGUAAGUAAUUGCUUAAGAUCGUGUAGUCGCCAAAAAUCUAGCCAAUUUCAUAUUGUAAAGUUAAAAUUAGUUGUUUUUCAUAUUACAUUGGUAUAUUCUAUAGUUUUAAUAAAAUUGACUAGUAUACUUCGUUUUUAUAAAUGUUAUUAGGAAUCGAUAAAUUAAUUAGACUUAUGUUUCGUCUUUAUUUUUGAUCAUGAGAAUUGAGGCAGGUCGAGAAUUCAAAUCACUCAUCUAUCAAGUGAGAUAUCGAGAGUACACACUCAAUGCAAGAUUUAAUAUAAGACACAAACAAACAAUGAAGGCAAUUUUACAUAAAGCUCUGUAUAAAUCGUGCGUGUUAACAGAGAUACAUCAAAUGACCGCUGCCAGUCAUCAUUGUGUUUACGGCUCAGUAAAUAAGAUAUCUUAACGCUAAAUUUGUUACACGCUAUUUAAAGUUUGUAAUAUGAUAUUUAUAAAUUGGAAAUAUUUUUGUAUACAGUAUAUUUAACUCUACAGCUACUAUACACCGCAAGUCGCCUUACGCACCUUACGCUGACUUACAAUAUAUCUUUAAAUGAUUAUUUUGAGAAAGUGAGACGACGUGAAAAUAAUACGCUUGAAUGAGACGGAUGCUAUGCACAUGAACUAGAGUAUAUAAUAAGAAUUAUAAUGUAUGAGAUGUGACAAUUAAUGUCAGUUCACACAAAGUGGUGGACAUCGUUAUACUGGAAGACUUCAUUCCUAUGUGUUUGUGUGAACUGGCUCUAACACGGGUGCCGGCGGAGUGAGUGGUAGUCAAUUGCACGUUUUAACUAUAAGUAUUGUUAAAUUAUUCAUUUUCAAUAAACUUUGAUCAUGUA